UGGGCGUGGAUCGAGAGUGGGAGACAGAAGAGGGGAGGAGUCACUGAUCAAUGCUAAUAAAUAAAAGGCCCCUCUGCUUCACUCCAAGAUUCAGGACGCUGGGAGAGCUGCCCUCUCAGACAAGAGCUGCAGACUGGCGGGGAAGUGACUGCUUAGUGAGCGGCUCAGGAUCUCCAGCUGCCCUCAGUGGGAAGAAAGUGAGACAGAGCAAGAGAGACUGAGAGAUUCCUCCCAGUGCUGGCACAAUGCGUGCUUUCAUCAUCCUUGCACUCCUGGCUGUUUUGGUGAUGGUUGCUACUUGCUAUGAGUCCCAUGAAAGCAUGGAAUCCCAUGAGUAUCUCAAUCCCUUCCUCAACAGGCGAAGGGCCAAUGACUUCAUACAAGCUGAAAGGAGACUAGAAGCCAUCUCUCAAGAGAGGAUCAGGGAGCGUAAUAAGGCACCCCAGGAACGUCAGAGGGAGAUGUGCGAGAACUACUACCCCUGUGAAGCAUAUGCUUUUCGCCAUGGCUAUGCUGCUGCUUACAGGCACUAUUUUGGGAAGAGGAGGACUAAGUAAAGGAUGACCUUUCCCCACCCUGGGGCCUGGAGCCCAGGGUAUCCUCCCCAAAAAUGCAAUGGCUCUGAAACAUACUCAGUUGCUUGUGUCCCUGUAUGUUAUCCUGCCUGCUGCUUCUCUUCCAUGUAGCCAUGGAUUCCUACACAGUGUUAAUUAAUGCUGAGCUGAUGUAGCAGAGAUCUGAGAGAGUUCAGGAUGUGGGUGUUUCUACACAAUAAACUGCUGGUUUGGUACUAUC